GAAAUCGCUUCCGUAGGUCAAAUGGUGGCUCUGUGGAGAGAUCUGCUCUCAGUUAGGCUUAUCUCAGGUAUCAGCAGAUCAUCACUCACUGUGAUGCUUGCUUAAAACAGCGUGGUGCCCGAGUGCUUCAGCUACUCGGGCGCCCGAUAAGCUAUUUUCAGAUGUGUAAAAUGAAUAUCAUCAGAAUCUCGCACGCAGAACCGUUCGUACAUCGUGUUAUACUCAGCGGGAUUGGCGUUGUCGGUGAAGUUCGAGUAGGUGGCUAUGCACAAUUACGUCAUCGAUCAACACUCGCUAGCACGAUCCUGUCACAAUUAGUCCCUACCCCAAGACAUCUUCCCCAUGACCACCACCGACGAACCGACUCCGCGCAUAUCAGCCUCGAAGUCUUUGGCUCAGGACAGCCCGAUGACCUCUGGAGAGGAGGGAUCUACUUCUGGCCUGACGGACUACAUCACACAACCCCUGUCAUUCUUAGGCCUUCGCAAAGCCGCACUGACCAACGCGAACCGGUCCUCGCGUAGCAGCAGCAGACAAGACUCCAUUGACGACCGUGACGAAACUUCAAGCGUCGUAUCGUGCUCCACGGAGCUCAGCACGCGCGCGGAAGCCGGGUCAGACCACGCGCCCGACUCUAUCGCGGGCUCGCCGCCGCAUACGUGGCAGUCGCCCCCCGGCACGCCGAUGGAGACCGAUCGUGACUCUUUUGUUCCGCUCGACUCGUAUGAGGGCGCGCCGCUAGGGGUGCCACCGCAGAUCAACCUCGAGCCACGCACUCACCCGCUCGCGGGAGGCGAAGCGCAGCAUGGGGGUGUGCUGCUCAAUGAGGAGAGCCAGGCGAAGCUGGACGAGGACAGGGCGGAAGGGAGGGCAGCGGGGCCUGCGUAUAAUGAUGUCGCUGUCGAUGCAGAGGAGGACGACUACUCGUCUGAUGAGCAAGUUGGACAGCUUUCGACGGUUAAGCGGGUGAAGCGCAAAGUCAAAAGCAAACUGAUAGGUCUGAAUGGGCGGGAUGACGAAGAAAUGCAGAGCUGA